UUUGCUUUCGGUCUAAUUCCUUCUGUCUUCACAUGCACACACUCGCAUGCGCUCACCCACUCUCCUUCUUCACCGUCCCCCUCCCUCGUUUUUUUUCCUCUCCAUCCUCUGCUGCUUUGCUCUUCUGUUGUCUGUUUUCUCUGUUUCCUCCCUUUCCACACUGUGACUCCCCAAACCCCGUCUUUUCUUUUUGGUUGUUGUCGUCGCUAAUCCCACCACCUCUUCUUUCCAUCUCCAUCCUCUCUUCUUUCUUUUUGUUUUCCCUCUUUUUCCACCACCUGUCCUUUUGGAUAUUGGAUACACGCCUCACCUUCCCAUCUCUCUCCAUUCUUUCUUCCCUUUCCUGCUAAAUUCCAAAGACCACCCUCUCUCCUCUCCCUCUUCUCUCUUUUCAUUGCUCUCUCUCUAUUUCCCUGUGGCCCUCCCCCUCCCUUUUCAUGUUUCCCCCCUCCCUCCAUCCUCUCUUUCCCUCGCUGGUUCAGUUAGUCAAAGAAGAGAUUCACGGAAGGAGAGAAAAGGGGGGAAAGGCAGGACGAGAGUGAGAGCGCAGGAGUGGGGCAGGCUGGGGAGAGGGGCGUGGGGUCUCAGCCCUCUGUCGUGGGGGGUUGGGAGGGUUGAGAUACACCCCAAUAUUUUGUUCUAAGUACCAUGGACUGCCUCUGCAUUGUGACUACAAAGAAGUACAGGUACCAGGAUGAGGAGACGCCCCCCUUGGAGCACAGCCCAGCACAUCUGGCUCCAGGGAAAAGUGCAGAGAUGCUUCAUAUGAGUGACAAGAACCUCGCUGCCAUGGAGGCCAUACACGGCUACACGCCACACACGCAUAUCUCUCCUGUCAAGCCUGUGUUGAUGUCCACGGGACACACUCCAAUGUACACCUCCGCAGUUUCCACACUGGGACACACUCCUCCAGUGGUGGUGAACACUGACACACUUGAUGGCUCGCCAUAUGUAAAUGGGACAGAAGGAGAAAUUGAGUAUGAGGAAAUCACAUUGGAAAGAGGUAAUUCGGGCCUGGGCUUCAGCAUAGCAGGGGGCACAGACAACCCUCACGUCGGGGACGACCCCAGUAUCUUCAUCACCAAAAUUAUACCGGGAGGAGCCGCGGCUCAGGAUGGACGGCUCAGCGUGAACGACUGCAUCCUCUUUGUGAAUGAUGUCGAUGUGAGGGAGGUGACACACAGCCAAGCUGUAGAGGCCCUUAAGGAGGCAGGUGCUAUUGUCCGCCUCUAUGUUCUCCGCAGAAAACCAGCAGCAGAAAAAGUCACUGAAAUCAAACUAAUCAAAGGGCCUAAAGGAUUAGGUUUCAGCAUCGCCGGAGGGGUGGGAAACCAGCACAUCCCGGGAGAUAACAGCAUCUACGUCACCAAGAUCAUCGAAGGCGGGGCGGCUCAUAAAGACGGCCGCCUGCAGAUCGGGGACAAAAUCUUAGCGGUGAACAAUGUGUGUCUGGAGGAUGUGAUGCAUGAGGACGCGGUGGGAGCGCUGAAGAACACAGCUGAGGUGGUGUACCUCAGGGUGGCCAAGCCAAACAACCUCUUUCUGACAAACUCCUACAACCCACCAGACCUCACCAGCACAUAUUCCCAUAUGGACACUGAACUUAGCCACCCCAACUAUCUUGGAUCAGAUUACCCACAAGCCCUCACCCCCACCUCGCCGAGUCGCUUUUCUCCUGUCCUGCACGGCCUGAUGGGAGACGACGACAUACCCAGAGAGCCUCGCAGAGUCUUGAUUCACCGAGGCUCUACGGGCCUGGGCUUCAACAUUGUAGGGGGAGAGGAUGGUGAGGGCAUAUUUAUCUCCUUCAUCCUGGCAGGAGGGCCAGCCGACCUCAGCGGGGAGCUUCACAAGGGCGAUCAGAUCCUUAGUGUUAAUGGCGUGGAUUUGCGCAUGGCCACGCAUGAGCAGGCUGCCGCGGCUCUGAAGAACGCUGGGCAGACCGUAACCAUCAUCGCUCAGUACAGGCCUGAAGAGUACAGCCGUUUUGAAGCUAAAAUCCAUGACUUGCGGGAGCAGCUGAUGAACAGCAGCAUGGGCUCUGGGACUACAACCCUAAGGAGUAACCCAAAGAGAGGCUUCUACAUCAGGGCUCUUUUUGACUACGACAAGACGGCGGAUUGCGGUUUCCUCAGUCAAGCCCUGGGCUUCAAGUUUGGGGACGUCCUGCAUGUGUUGGACUGCGGUGAUGAAGAAUGGUGGCAGGCCCGGAAGGUCAGCCCGCAGAACGAGGCUGAGGAGGUCGGCUUCAUCCCCAGCAAACACAGGGUGGAAAGAAAAGAGUGGUCUCGUGUUAACACCAAAGAGAGGGACCACGGUCGAGACAGUGUGGGCACUCAAGGGAGAGAUAAAACCCCACACAGUUAUGAGACAGUUACUCAAGUGGAAGUACAUUACGCAAGGCCGAUCAUCAUUCUGGGUCCAGUGAAGGACAGGAUAAAUGACGACCUGUUGUCUGAGUUCCCUGAUAAGUUCGGAUCCUGUGUCCCUCACACAACGCGGCCUAAGAGGGAUUACGAGGUGGACGGGCGAGACUAUCAUUUUGUGUCCUCCAGGGAACAGAUGGAAAAGGACAUCCAGAGCCACCGGUUCAUUGAAGCCGGGCAAUACAACAGUCAUCUGUACGGCACCAGCGUGCAGAGCGUCCGCGAGGUGGCCGAGCAACAGGGAAAACACUGCAUCCUGGACGUUUCAGCUAACGCUGUGCGUAGACUACAAGCUGCUCAACUUCAUCCCAUUGCAAUCUUUGUCCGGCCCAAGUCACUGGAGAAUGUUUUAGAAAUCAACACUCGACUGACAGAGGAGCAGGCCAGGAAAGCAAUGGACCGAGCCCUCAAACUAGAACAGGACUUCAUCGAAUGCUUCUCAGCCGUCGUGGAAGGGGAGAGCUUUGAAGAGGUUUAUCACAAAGUAAAGACAGUGAUCGAAGAGCAAUCAGGGCCUUACAUCUGGAUCCCCACUCGGGAGAGGCUGUGAUGCUGCAACCGACCCGACCUGCCCUCGCCUCCCAACCCUCACAGCCACAGACCGCCGCCGCCAUCCGCCAUUCACAGCCGAGUCUCCAGCUCCUGUCCUCCAGCGAAGUCCGUGCUUAGGCGACCGCCGCUUAACGACACAGAGAGACUAAUGCCUGCAAAGAGCGGGAAAGCACGGGAAACGACACCGCGAGGCAAGUAAGGAUACCAAAAAGGAGACUCUUUUUUAAGAAAAGAAAAAAAACAAGGUGAACAAGCUGAUGUGUAGUUCAACUGAACGACAUCGGGAGAAAAGAUUUUAGUGCAAUUUUACUUAAACCAUUUAGGAUCAGUUGGUAUUUAGUAUUAAAAUCAACGCUGGAUUUAAACAAUGGCUUCACCAAAAUUAACUUGCAUUCAACAAAAAUCCAGUUUAAUGUUUCGGCCAUUGAAAAUCCACUUUAGGCAAACUUUAACUGCAUUUUGAUCCUGUAUGUGAGCUGCGGUCCAUGUUCUGUGGAUCUCAAAAUAGUGUAGAUGUGUCUGAGUAGACUUUGGACUAAAGCAGAGGUUAGACCUCACUCCUAUGUGACGGUUAUCCCUGGGAUGGAGAUGCUAACAAAAGAGCCUUUCAGCAUCUCUGUUUUUUUUAAAACAACCUCCUAGUAUCUUUGGAGAGUACUUCAGAUUCUAGUGAGGCCCGCUCCCUUGACCAGGAGUCUUUUCUCAGCACUUUUUGUCAACCUCUUCUUGGUUCUUGGUGCACACUUGAAACAACAUCUCCGUAACCAAGACAAACAUUUCUUCUGUUGCCCAUUUUAAAUAUUGUGAGGCGGAUUUUAGAGGCGUUGCAGUUCAUUUUGAUUAAAAGCUCAUUAAGCUGAAGCAUGCAUCUUCACUGAUGGAGUUAUCAGACAAAAACAGAGGAAAGAAAAGCAUCUCAGAAAAAAUAGGAAAAACAACGAACGGCUAAAAGGUGCAGGAUCUUGCAAAAAUAUUUGAACUUUCUCACGUUUUGUUAUGUUCAAACCACAGCCUUGUAUGAUUUGUGACAAGUGAACAGAAUAUUGUUCAUAAUUGUUAAGUGGACGGAGAAGGAUUUAUGCUUUCCAUAGUUAUUUUACAAAUUAAAAGUUGAAAAAUCUUGUUGUGCAUUUGCAUUCAACCCCAUGAGUCAAUUCUUGGUAGAAACUCUUUAAAAUGCAAAAGCUAAAAUGUCUUCAUCUAGUCUGGAAGAGUCCAAAGUUUUGCUCAUUGAAACUGGAUGGACACUGUGUGUCACGAUCAACUUUGAAGCUAUGCCAGAGAUUUGUUAUUGGGUUUAGUUCUCGCCUUCGACUGGGACAUUAUUAUUCUUUGCAGCGUUCCAUUGCAGCUCCUGCUAUAUGUUUAAAGUCUUUUCUCGGAGAUGAAUCUCUUCCCCCAGUGGAUUGUUCCCAGGAUAAUCCUGUGCUUUUCUCCAUUUAUCCAUCAGAUUUGACCAGCUUUUGUGUCCUUGUUAUAGAAAAACAUCCCACAACAUGAUGCUGCCACCACUCUGUGACUGUGUGUGGACGGCGUUCUCAGUCUGAUGUGUAGUUUUAGAAAGUUAUUUCAGCUUUUCUAUCUAAAAAUUCUUAUCACUUCUUAAUAAGGGUCUCAAUAUAAAUAUGCACGGCUAUUUUCACAUUUUUAUUCACUGAAUAUUAUUGAAAUUACAUAUCCCUUUCUUCCCACUUCACAAAUAUGCACCACUUUCUGCUAGUCUGGCUCGUAAUACUUCAACAUUUGAAGUUUUGAGGUUGCUGCAUGACAAAACGUGGUAAAGCUCGAGAUAAAUGGAUCCUUUUGCAAGGCACUGUGUGUUCUUCUUCUCUGCCUCUUCAUUGCAAAGGAGGGUUUUAGCAUGUCUUAUAAAAGAAGAGGAGUAAAGAGACGAGAGGCUGGCCAUGAGCGGAAACUGAUAAUCCGACACGGUUUGGCUUCUUACGCACACACGCACCUGCACGCAAAACACACGUACAACCUCGCAUCCCAUCCAGCGACCCUCACACACAUGUGGAGUUGGACCCUCAGCUGUGAACCUGGCACACCCUCUGCAGCUGUCAGAAUCCAGGAUGAAUGUUAUCUCUCCAGGCACAAACAGCAGAGCUCUCGGCUUCACCUUGCUGGUCGCUCUUCCAGGAGAUCCCCUUCCAACGCGCAUACAUGCACACUGUUUCCAGUGGCUGCAGUAUAAGCCAUUGCGUGUGUGUCUGUAUCCGUAAGCAUCUCUGCACAGCUGUGCAUGUGUGGAAACUCCUCUGUGUGUGUGUGAGGAGGAAUAGGUCUUCUUUUAUUCUCUCUCUUCCACUUGUCUCUGCUUCUUUCUCCCUCUCGAGUCCACACAAAUUAACUAUAAGUCAUGUUUAAAGACUAUAAAAAAAAAAGAAAUGGCCUCUAUAUAUAAAUAUAUAUAUAAAUAUAUAUCUUUUUUAUGACAAUUUCUAACAGGACUAAGUCUGUAAAGAAUUAUCAACAUUUCCAAAUAAUAUUUCAUUGAUUUCUUUGGGUAAAAUAGUAUUUUGGUUGUUGGGUUUACCCCCAUAUUCUCAUUUAUUGUUGUCAAGCAAAAAGCUACACAGAUGGAGAAAAAAUUAACCAUUUAAAGCUGAUGUAAAGCAAACGUGACAUAAAUAUGAAAUGGUGAUAUUUUGGGGGAAAAAAUGUAAAAAAAAAAAAAUAAUAAUAACUAAUUGAAAAACAUGUGCAAUGCAGCUGUGUGUCUCUGUGUGACUGAAUGUGUGUGUUUGUUGCAGGAAAGCGACCAUUAUGUAUAAAAUAUAGAUAAUGCUAUGAGAGGAAUCCAGCCUAUGGUGGUUAUGAUGUAUAAUACAUAAAUGAGUGGCGUGAGGUUGUGGGUGCGUGCAUGAGAGGGUGAGACACACACGUGAAGAUGUAGUGCAAUACUGCUAUGAUGUUAUGCAAUGAAGACGGUUUUAUGUGUAAGAUUAACAAGAGUAUCUAUGAAGUUUGCACUGAUGGCUAUUAAAUGCUUGAAAUGUCAGCAGGACAGAAACAGCGACUGAAGGAGAAACGAAACGAGAAACGGGAAUUUUAAGAGCAUGUGUUUGUAUUAUAUGUUCUGAAUUAUAAGAGUGAAUAUGGAAGUAUUGAUGGAAAUAACCAUUCAUAUUUAUUGUUUUUGUUUACCUGCUUCUCUCAGCACAAAGUGGAUCUGCUUUUUAAUGAAUGGCAGUUUUGGGGUUUUGGUUUUCAGGUGCAUGUAAAUAAAUCCGGAAAAAACAAAGAGAUUAUAAUCAAAAGUCACUUUACUUCUGUAAUCAACAUGGGAAAUUCACAUGUAGGUUCGCUGCACACAGUGGUAUAUUUCAAACUUUUAUUUCUAUUAGUCUUAUGAUUAUGGCUUGCAAAAGAUUUGACUAUUACAAACCAAUUAAUUAAUUAAUGAAGAAGAAGCUGCUUGUUCGCAGAGUACAGGCAAAAUACUGGAAAGUUUGGUGGAAGAAACACAUGGUGACAGUGAACAGAGUCAGUAUUUACAGUGCCAUUCCUUGAACGAAGCCUAUCCUGCACUGGAAACAAUAUCAGUGUCUGAAUAUUUACCUUUUUGCCCAGUCUGUUAAAAGUACCAGUGUAAAAAAACAGGUUUAUAAAUUCAGAUCUUGUAUUCAGUGCAUGUACUCCACACUAGGCCUGUCAUAAAUGUGAUAAAUAAUACUUUUGUUUUGAGACCAUUUUUGAGUAAUAUAAUGGCAAAAUUAUUCACAUUCUCAAAGAUCAGUAAACCUUAAAUUCUACUGGACAUUGGGACCGGAAGACAUGUUGAAAAUUCAAAAUAAAUAAGUAAAACAACAAAUAAAAUCAAGUUUGAAGUCUUUGUAAACAUAAUUGCCCGAGUUGAGACCAAACUGAAGACUUUUAUCAUCCAGUUUUUGGUAGAAAGAGAGGGGAAAAAAAACAAUAAAUCAAUGGAAAUGAUUGAGUUUAUUUCAGUUUUUCAUGUGAUUAAUCGAUUGAUUAUUGUGACUGGCCUAUACAGUACAUGGAGUUACUUUUCAAUAUGUUAUCAUUCCUGAAUGUAAAAUGUUCUUUUAUUAGUUUUAUGUCAUAGCUUGACUAUAACUCUGGGAAAUUUAAUUCUUCAUAUUUGUUAGCUGUAAGCCAUAGUCAUCAGAAUUAAUGAAAAAAAAAAAAAGAAAUAAAUCAAUGUGUUCAGAAGCCACCUAUUUAUUGAGGUUCACUUUUUUAAAUUGAAUUUCUGGAAAAAAAAAAAAACUUUUCGAUGAUAUUCUGGUUUAUUAAGAUGCAUCUGUUUUAUUUAUUAAGAACUGUCACUAACGCUCCAUAUCAAGUCUGUAUAUUUUUGUAUUUUUCUUUCUUUCUUUCUUUUUUUUUUUCGGUCUCCCCCGCCCCACAUUGAGGAAGCUCUUGGGUCUUGGAUGCAAAACGCUGUAAAUACAAAUAAUGUUUGUUUUUUUUCCGCGUGGCUCUCGGCGAUCACUAUCCUAAACGAGACCAAGUACGAGAACCCUCCAUGGGAGCCACGGGCCCAGUUUAACCGCAUUUACACACUCUGGGUGGGAAAACACACACACACACACACACACAAUCUCAGCAUGUCUACACAUGCAGCUACAUUUACUACACCCACAGAAGUGACAACUCACACUCAUUGAUUGAAUAAUAUGUUUUCGGUUUCUUUCUUUGAGGGUUUCAAUGUAUUUCUUAAUAUCUCUCUCUCAGCCAUCCGUAUCAUAGUGUGAUAUUCCUUAUAAAGUAUAUGAAUUUUUACAGAAAAGACUGAUUACAAAGUUACAACUGAUGCAGAAGGAUAUAUUCAAUAAUGACAUUAUGAAGCAAAAUAAAAUGUUCCAGUUCAGUGAAGCGCUUGUUGUAAAUUAGCUAUAAAAUAAUAAAAAUGGAUUUAAAAGUGCUUUCUGAA